CUAGAGCUUUCUGGAGGGGAGGAGUUUGCAGAAGUAUAACCAAGGCUAUUGCUCGGUCUUCAUAUACAUGUAUGCACACAAACACACACACACACACGUUUUUGAAUGAGUCGUGGCACAUUUGAGUAAUAGACGACACGGACAGGACUGUCACAGUAUGUCUGGAAGUUACAUGGAGCGUCACUGCUGACACACACACAUACACACUGCUCUGUUCAGCAUGAAGAUCUUCAGCAGGUUCCACUAUGUGUGGUAUCUGGAAUUUUCAAAUGACGACACCAAGCUGGAGUAUAAUGUGGAUGCGGAGAACGGGAUCGUCAUGGAGGGAUAUCUGUUCAAGAGGGCCAGCAACGCCUUCAAAACCUGGAACAGGCGGUGGUUUUCCAUUCAGAACAAUCAGCUGGUGUACCAAAAGAAGUUUAAGGAUAACCCUACAGUGGUGGUGGAGGAUCUGAGGUUGUGUACUGUCAAACACUGCGAGGACAUCGAGCGCAGAUUCUGUUUCGAAGUUGUUUCUCCGACAAAGAGCUGCAUGAUGCAGGCAGACUCGGAGAAACUUCGCCAGGCCUGGAUUAAAGCCGUCCAGAACAGCAUCGCCACAGCGUUCAGAGACAAAGCAGAUGAUGCAGAGAAGAUGGACAGAAAGUCAUCUACAUCUACAGGCAGUCUGGACUCAGCUGGAGAUGUGAAGGAGAAGUGUGUGAAGGGUGAGAACGCUCUGCAGAGGGUCAUGGCCAUCUCUGGGAACAGCAGCUGCUGUGACUGUGGCCAGCCGGAGCCCCGCUGGGCCAGCAUCAACCUGGGCAUCACGCUCUGCAUACAGUGCUCCGGCAUACACAGGAGUCUUGGCGUUCAUUUCUCGAAGGUCAGAUCUCUGACUCUGGACACUUGGGAGCCUGAACUGCUGAAGCUGAUGUGUGAGCUGGGAAAUGGGGUCAUAAAUCAAAUCUACGAGGCCCGACGAGAAGAACUAGGAGCCAGGAAACCAAACGCAGGAGAUCCCAGGCAUGAAGUGGAGGCCUACAUCAAAGCCAAGUACGUGGAGCGAAGGUUUGUGCAAAGACGGUCCGAAGACGAGAUCAGACAGAAGGUUUUAUUACUGAGUAAGGAAGAUAAACAUCCUAGUGGCUGCUCGGACACACAGACGACAAGAUCAGUGUCCAAACCCCGGCUAGCCUCCAGUUCCUCAGUGCACCUCGAGUCUCUCUUCUGUGUAGAUGAGCUUGACUCUCUCUUCUCCUACUUUACCUCCUCCGGCCAGACGCGCUGCUUGAGGAGUUCAGAUGGAGAAGCUCAGACUCUCACAGAGGAGAGCAGAGAAACGGUCAACGCCAGCGCAUCGACCAGCACAGUCAACCACACCGAUGAGGAGGGCUGCUGUGGGAAGGCUGUGGUGGUUUUCUGCGAGCCUCAGCAGGCGACUGCGGGUCUGCAGCUCUACUGGGCGUCCUUCAGCCGCAGUCUGCCUGAUAUGGCUGAAGCUCUGGCUCACGGGGCGCAGGUCAACUGGACCAACACCGAGCAGGACAACAGGACGCCGCUUAUCAUGGCCGUCCAUGGGGGCUCUCUGGUGACCUGUGAGUUUCUGCUCCAGAACUCAGCCAGUGUGAACCAGCUGGACAGUUGGGGUCGAGGGCCGCUUCACCAUGCCACCAUCCUGGGCCACACCGGGCAGGUGUGCUUAUUUCUGAAACGAGGAGCCAAUCAGAACGCAGCAGACGUGGAGAAUCAGACACCGCUUUCCAUCGCAGUGGAGGCCGCCAACGCUGAUAUCGUCACUCUACUCCGGCUGGCCAAGAUGAACGAGGAGAUGCGUGAAUCUGAGGGUCCGUACAGUCAGUCAGGUCAAUAUCACUCCAACAGCCCCACUGAACUGCAGUACCGCAAGUGCAUGGAGGAGUUCAUUACUUUACAGCUCAGAGACUCCUAGUGUUUACAUCUGUCCUGCUGCACAUCCACACACACACUGAUCAACACACACACACUGAUCAACACACACACACUGAUCAACACACACACUGAUCAACACACACACUGAUCAACACACACACUGAUCAACACACACUGAUCAACACACACUGAUCAACACACACUGGACUUCUGCAAUAACCCAGCCUUUUAUAUACACACACAUAUUCGUAUCUGUAUUAACCUGACUGAACACAGUUUUUAUCAACACAUUCCUAUCUAUCUAUCUAUCUAUCUAUCUAUCUAUCUAUCUAUCUAUCUAUCUAUCUAUCUAUCUAUC